CAGGCCUAACAGCUGCCACACUCGCUGAAGCCAUGAAGAAGAAGAUCAAAUUGGAGGUGAUGAAUAGUUACCAUGGCAAUAAUAACCACUGCACAGAUUCUGAGAAUGGUGACAUCACCUCCAGCAUGGGUUUGGAACUUCCAUUCAUGAUGAUGCCACAUCCCUUGAUUCCAGUCAGUCUGCCUCCUGCCUCGGUCACCAUGGCGAUGAACCAGAUGAACCACCUCAGCACUAUUGCCAAUAUGGCAGCUGCUGCUCAUGUCCAGAGUGCCCCGUCCAGAAUGGUGACGUCAGUUAUUAAGGAGCGAGUUCCAGACAGCCCAUCACCUGUACCCUCUUUGGAUGGUGGCCGCAGGUCAGGGAGCCACUUAUCCUCCAGACAGAACAGCAGCGUGUCCAGCUCUCCUGCCCACACAGAGAGCUCUUCUGACCGGCCACAUUUACAUCAGAAUGGUCUUUCUCUUUGCCACGCCUUGUUAGGCCUAUCUCCAAGUGCACCACCAGGACCAAAAGAGGGGGAUCUGGCAACCCAUGACACAGGCCAUGAAACAAAGAGGGUUUCCUCAGAAAAAGAAGAAAAUGUCCUUUGCACCCCGACAUCUCGAGACAGCUAUGAGCGAGUGUCUCAUUCUGGGCCAACAUUACCCCCAGGAUUCCCUGCUCCACUGCUGUUUCCUGAGGGCCUGUCCUCUAUAGAAACCCUCCUCACCAACAUACAGGGUCUGUUAAAGGUGGCUAUCGAUAAUGCACGGGUGCAAGAGAAGCAGGUCCAGCUGGAGCGCACAGAGCUGAAGAUGGAGCUGUACAGAGAGAGAGAGCUGCGAGAGACGCUGGAGAGGCAGCUCUGCGUCGAGCAGAAAAACAGAGAAGCUCCAUUGAUCCUGUUCUCCUACGAUCCUGUUCUCAUCAUCCCCGGAUACCUGCAAAGGAUACCAACUCAAUACCUAGAGCUAAGAACCCAAAAACUCUCUACCUUCUCAUACUCACCUGUCAUCAACUUGCUCUCCGAUUUGUCAAUAAACCCUCCUGUUUGCAUCCUUACCUUGUGUCUCUGGCUCGUAGUGUGACAGACGACCGGACCCAGGACAUACACCUCUAUGGAUCCCAGGGUUCCCACGCCCGCAGAGGUACUGGAGGAAUUGGUCCACACCCUCCGGGCCUCUCUCACGCCAGUCACUAUCCCGCCAUCUGCCUCUUUAAGUCCAAUGGCCAUUCCUGCUUGCUAUGCUGGUGGCGCAGCUGAGUGCGGCGGCUUCCUUCUCCAAGUAGCAUUGUUUAUCGAGAUGCAGCUGCAGAAAUUCUCCACGGAACGCUCGAAGGUAGCCUUCUUGAUUUCCCUGCUAACUGGCAGAGCGCUGUUGUGGCCACGAGCAAUAUGGAACGCCAAUAGUGCCAUAAUCAACUCAUAUGAUGCUUUCACUAAUCAUUUCAAAGAAGUGUUUGGAUCUGCUACAGGUAUGCUCUCCGUCCCAGACCAUCUCCUACGGCUGCGUCAAGGCUUUUCUACCACCAGCGAAUACACCUUGCAAUUUCGGACGCUAGCAGCGACUAGUGGCUGGAACGAAACCGCUCUCCUCAGUGCCUACCGGCAGGGCUUGAGUCCUCGCAUCCGCGUGCAAAUGGCCAUCUAUGACGAUACUAGAGAGCUUCAUGCAAAGAGCCACACACAUCUCCCAGCAGUUGUCAGCCUGCCAGCCUGACGAAGCCGUCCACCAGCCUGCAGCAGCCACCAGCGGUCCCCCAGUACCAGAACCCAUGCACAUGGAUUCCACCAGACUCACUCGCGCUGAACGCGCUCGCCGCCUAGCAGCUGGACUAUGCCUGUACUGCGCUGCUCCAGGCCAUUUCACUCAAGCCUGCCCCGUCAGGCCCCCACGCCCUGCAGUGAGUACCAUUCAACUCGAACCAGUAAUCUCAACUUUAUCCUUGUUACCAAUACAACUACUCACCGUCAAUUGUUCGGUUUCAGA